AUGUUAUCCCGCAUUCCCAAAUCAACCACUACAUCCGCGGCAAGUAGUCUACACAGAGCAAUCCAUCAUCUACCACUUCAAACGAGCUUACCCGGGUUAUUAGACCCUUUUCCUCCUCCUCCGACAUCAAGCAUCUUCUCUACACUGGGGGUUAUUAGACUCCCCCCUCUUCCUUCUUCCUCUCCUCCCACAUCUCAAACCCCUUCUUCCUCCAUCCCCCAUAUCUAUCCUCUCUCCCCCCACCCCUAUCCACCCUCCCACUCCCUUUCCUCAAAGAAAAAAAAAGACAACAAGAAAGAGAGAAAAAAAAAAUGUGCACAACCGUAA